GGAUCUCGGCUGCUGCUGACAUGCGACGGAAACAUGGGCUUGCUUCGUGUCACCAGCAGGUCGUCCUUGAACAACGACAUGGCCUGCUUAUUACCUGGUAUAGCUCACUAGCCCUUUCCACUGAAUUGAUGGCACGGGCGUGAUGUAGCCAGCCAGCCAACCAGCCAACCAGCCAGCCAAACGUCCCGGUUGAUUGGGCCCCGCAAGUCGACGUCGCCUCGUCCAGCGUGAGCCACACAACACACAAACCAGUGGUUACGGUGCGGUGCAGGUGCAUAACAAACCCCGCGGCCCAGUCGAAGCGCCAGGCGCCCUGGCCACCAACCACGCCUCAGCCCUCGGGACACACUCGCCCAUCACAUCCAGGCUCGCAUGAACCCGGGUGUUUCAUCGACGCAUUCCUCAUUCUUGGUCCCCGGACUGUGUCUUCUUUUUCCCUCUCGGUAUCAAAUAAAAACGUGCACAUCCGCCCGUUCGUCCGCCCGUCCGUCGGGCCGGCAAUCUAUACAUACCAUGAUCGUCAGGGCCCUGCUUGCCGUGUUUGCGGUGCUUUAUGUGCAUGUUUACUUGAGGGCUUUGCAUUUCCUUCGCCCGCCGCCCGAGAAGCGGACUUGAUUGAUGGUCGACCAAGGCGAUAGCCACAAACGAGCGACAAAGACGAUUUUAUACUCAGUACGGAAGGCACCCGAUAAAGAACAGCAGCAACCAAGAUGGCCGCCACCCUGACGGUGACCCAGCCGCCUAUACCUCCCACCCCCUCCUCCUCCGCAGCGUCGCCACCAAGGAGGAAGCGGACCAACUCACGGCUGCAGGCAUGGCACGACGGCGCGGACAAGCAGCAACAGACACAAGGCCGGGGGCCGUCGAAGAGCAGGAGGCCGCCGGGGAGGCAAGGGGGGGUCAAGAAGGACCCGCCGCCGCUGCUACACAAGGUCGGGCUCGCGGCGCAGAUCUACACCAUCCGCGGCGCGAUGGGCACUGUCGACUGGUUCCAGGGCUGGCGGGAGUGGCUGUACCCGCCCCAGGACGGGCCGGACUUUGUCAAGGCUUAUGAGUGUCGGCCGGGCAUGGGCGUGCGGAUAUUCUUCCCCAGGACCUUCGACCAGACCUCCCCGCAGACCCUGCCCACCAUCCUGACCGUCCACGGCGGCGGCUUCUGCAUCGGCACCAGCCGCGACGACGACGGGUGGAACAGGCGCGCCGCCGACUCCCAGGGCGUGCUCGUCGUGGCCCUCCCCUACGCCAAGGCCCCCCGCGCCCCCUUCCCCGCGGGCCUGGCCGACCUCGAGGCCCUGUACCUGGCCGUCCUGGCGGACGAGAGCCUGCCCAUCGACCGGACAUCAUCGUCAUCACGUGGGGGCAAGGGCAAGGGCAGGGGCAGGGCAAGGGGAAGGAUCGCACUGGCGGGCUUCGACGCGGGCGCGAACCUCGCGCUGGCGCUGAGCCAGAUGCCCGCCGUGCGUGGUGACAACAACAACAACGACGACAACAACAACAACAACAGCAGCGGGCCGGCGCCGACGGCCGUGGUCAGCAUCUGCGGGAUCCUGGACCUGUCGCGGCCGGCCGGGGCCAAGGCGCGCAACAGGCCGUACAAGCCGGGCCUGCCGGCGCCGCGGGGCGGGGCCGCGGACGUGCUGGCGCCCACGUACCCGGCCUACGCGUGGGGUUACGUCCCCUACGGGCAGGACCUGCGGGACCCGCUGCUGAGCCCCGCGUUUGCCGCGCAGCAGCAGCAGCAUGGCGGUGGUGGCGGUGGCGGGGGGCUGCCGCCGCACGUGUGCCUCGUCGCCGCGGAGCUCGACAUGCUCGCGCACGAGAGCUGGCGCAUGGCGUGCCGGCUCGUCGCCGAGGGCGGCGUGGCGCGUGGGGACGGGCGGCGCGCGCGGUGGAGGGUGCCUGACCCCGAUGCUGACCCCGAUGCUGACGGGGCGCAGGCCGUGUGCGGGCGGGCGCAGGCCAGUGCCGUACGGGGGGCGCUCGAGAUGGAGGAGCUGGGCGGGGGUGGGGGUGGGGGUGUGGAUGCCGAGGACGGGCUGGGGCCGCGGAGGAGGUUUGGGUUUGAGGUUGUCUGGGGGGGCGGGGACGGGGAGGACGACCAAGGGGGCAGCGUGAGGUGGGUCCUCGUGCCGGAUGUCGUGCACGGGUUCGACCGCGCGCCGUGGCGGUACGGCGGCGAGGAGACGGUGAGGGAUGCCGAGCUCAAGACUGUUGCUUAUGUUGAUGCCGUGGGGGGGUGGCUGCGGGAGACGGUCUGGGGGGUACAUUCAUCAUCCCUCUGUCUUAGCGCAUCCUCGCAAACAACAGACAAGAUGGCCUCCCCCAAGCCCAAAGCCAACGACCCAGGCCUCACCCUCGCCUCAACGGCAGCCCUCCUCGCCCCGGGCGUCCGCAUGCCCCGGCUCGGCUUCGGCACCUACCGCGUGCCGCCCGCCGAGACGGCCGCCGUGGUGCGCGCCGCGCUGGCCGCCGGGUACCGGCACUUCGACUCGGCGCAGCUGUACAACAACGAGGCGGAGCUGGGCCGGGCCGUCCGCGAGUGCGUGCAGUCGUCCGGUGUCAGCAGGGCGGACGUCUUCCUCACGACCAAGAUCCGGUACCCGGGGGUGAGCGGGGCCAAGACAUGGGGGAAGUUUGUUGAUAGCGUCGCGAAGAUGUCCGGGGUUGAGCCUGCGGGGGGGCGGAAGGGGAAGAGGAAGCGGGCCGUUGACGACGAUGAGGGCCGCGAGACGGUUCCUGUUGCUGAGGGGGGGCGUGCAGGAGCAGCGGGGGAGGCGGCCGCGGCCCGGAAGGACGGGGAGGAGGAGUCCCGGUACGUCGACCUGUUCCUGGUGCACACGCCGUACGGCGGCGCGAACGCCCAGAGGGAGCGCAGGGAGAUGUGGCUCGCGCUCGAGAGGGCGUACGAGGAGGGCAGGGCGCGGGCGAUCGGCGUCAGCAACUACAAGGUCGAGCACCUCGAGGAGAUGCGCGCGUAUGCCAAGGUGUGGCCGCCGCAUGUCAACCAGAUACAGCUCAACCCAUGGUGCCAGCAGCGCGAGGUCGUCGCCUACUGCGAGGAGCACGGCAUCGUGGUGCAGGCGUUCAGCCCGCUCGGCCGCGGCGACCGGCUGGGCGACGCCGUCCUGGGCGCGGUGGCGGGCCGGUGCGACAGGUCGCCGGCGCAGGUGCUGAUCCGGUAUGCGCUGCAGAAGGGGUGGGUGCCACUGCCCAAGAGCGAGAGGCCCGAGAGGAUGGAGGAGAACGCCGACGUGUUUGGCUUUGUGAUUGGGGAGGAGGACAUGGCGGUGCUUGAUGGGCUUGAUGGGGUCAAGAUGGGGUAUUUUGAUUGAGGGGGUUGGUCAGUCAGGUAUUUAGAGCCGAGGGAAGGGUUGCUUUGUGAUGG